AUGAGAGGAGGUCACCUGGUCCUGGACACCAUCGGCCGCACCUGCAAACACAGCCACAGUCACAGAAUGCGGCAGAAGAAGAACGGGGCGUGCUUCGGAUUGAGCCGUAACUCCCCAUAUCUCUGUGUGGCCUCGCUGGGGGGGGUCCCGGGGCCUCGGGCAUUAUUCAACACAGGCAACGCUGACGGGAGCGGACCACAGAAGCAGCCGCACACCAGAACCACACUGCACAAGCAAGACUCCGCUCGGGCCUAA